AUUCAUACUCUCCGUCGCACGGGAGAAUUGGGAUUCUACAACAGGAAAUACACAAAUGCAAGCUUUGGCUAUUGUGAUUGGAGCUUCUGCGGGGCCGGUGUUGUUCGGCUACCUCGGCUCAAACGCUUGCAACUUCCAACCAUCUGAGCAACCGUAGGAUGAAAGAUGAAGAACGGUGCUAAUAUUAUGAGUAAGACUUAGGUUCAUCCCUCUCAUAGAUACUCUCAUGCUUUGGCGAACGGUUUUGUUUGUCCCCUGUUUGUCGAUCUACACUCUUCGAGCUACUGUUGUGAGCAACCUGAGUUCGUUACACAAUUCCCCACGCCACGCUGGUUGUCAAAUAUAGCUACGGUGUUUGGAGCCUCGGUUUGCAGAAACAUGAAUUCGUUCUCUCAAAUUGCAUCUCAUCCAGAUUUUCAAACGCCAUGGUGCCAAAAGAUUCUCUCAGACCCCGAGAUACAGUGGAUUAAGGAGGUCCCCAAGCACUACCAGAAUAAGACUGUGACAAACUCAAUGUUCGAAUACACGCUGUACACUGAGCGUGGAAUCAAGGCACAUCUGUCCUUUUAUCGUCCAUGCAAGGAGCCAGAUGCCUUUCUGGGGGUCGAAAACUGCUUUCUGCUGUCUAUCGGUGAUGGCUUGGAUGGAAAGGCUGGGAGAUGUCACGGUGGUUUCAAUUCUCUGGUGCUGGAUCAAGUCUGUGGAUCUUGCGCUCACCAUUCAAAACCUGAUCCACUACCUCCUGCAACGGCAACUAUGACAGUGGACUUCAAGGCACCAAUCAACACUCCAUGCGUGAUCCUGGCUCGAGCUUGGAUGACAGAGAUCACGGGACGUAAGAUGUGGGUUAAAGGCGUGAUAGAAGACCAAAAUGGAACCAUAUGUGCAACGGCGAAGACAUUGUUCGUUGCAGCUAAGAAUCAGCCCGCGUCGCUGUAAUGUCUCCAUGAUCAUCAGCCCGCGAAUUGGGACAAGCGUAUGUUUGAGAAUCAUGCGCCAAGCAUACAGUUGGGCUUGGAUGUCAAGUUAUCUUCAAGCUUCAGUCAAAACCAUAGAGCAGAUAGACAAAAGACGUCUUUCGAAUAUUCUUGCUAUCUUUUAAAUGACUACGAAGAGCAGAAUCGAUUGAAGAGUUGUCGAUUAUGCGCUCGUGUAUCAACAGCUAAUUCGUUCAAGCUCAUACUCAGACAUCCGAUUUGGAGUAGUUAAGAACUAGAACUCAAUUCCUUACGCAUAGUGGAGGCGCAGAACAAGGUUCAAGAUUCAAGAUCGAACAUGUC